AUGAAUAUAUUUAAAGAUAUCUUUAAUGGUUGUUUAUUAAGACUUUUUGAUAUGGAUUACAAUACAAGCAAAAUUGGUGAUCAAAGUAGUGGUAGUAGUAGUACUUCACAACAACCAAUUCAAGUAUGGUUGACUACUUUUGAUCAAUCAUUUCUCUUUCAGAGGAUGAAUGAUAUUCAUUUUAAUAGUACAUCUACCAAAGCAACAUCGUCAUCGUCGUCUUUUAAUUCUAAAAAUGAUACUAUAAAAUAUCAAAGAAUCUAUGGAUAUGGUGCUGCUCUAACCCAAUCAUCAGCUUACUUAUUCAGUUUGUUAAUCGAACAAAACGAAACCAAUGGAUUGAAUGUCUUGAAGUCAUUGUUUGAUCCUGUCGAGGGUAUUGGUCUAUCGAUGAUUAGAGUACCGGCAAGUGCAUGUGAUUUCUCAUUGACAAACUACACCUAUGACGACUACACCAAUGACUACAAACUAGUGAAUCUAUCUAUUGACGCAGACAAACAGUACACAAUCCCAAUCAUCAAACAAAUACAAUCGAUCAACCCAAAUAUAAAGUUAAUCUACAGUCCUUGGACAGCUCCGAAAUGGAUGAAAUCUUCCAAUUCCUUGACAAGUGGUGAACUUCUAUCGAAUAUGUAUGAUAUUUAUACAGAUUUCUUUGUUUCUUUUUUAAUGAAAUAUAAAUUGGAGGAAUCUAUUGAUAUAUUUGGUGUGACACUGCAGAAUGAACCGUUGUUCCAACCUUUUAGUUAUCCUGGAAUGUAUGUUCCUUCUGAUGUUGCUGCACAAUUGGUUGCAUUGCUUGGUACAAAGUUGUUGGCGCAACCCGAGGUGUCAGAUACGAGAAUAUUGAUUUACGACCACAAUUGGAUAGAUUUAGAUUAUCCACUCGAUAUACUGACUGAUAGCGAUGCCUAUCCCUAUGUAAAUGCAACGGCAUUCCACUGUUAUCAAGGUGAUGUUACUAAUCAAUCGGUACUCUACAACAAGUAUCCAGAGAAAGAGAUACACAUGACCGAGUGUAGUGGUGGCUAUUGGGCACCGGAUUUUGCAUCGGAUCUCGCGUGGAAUACAAACAAUCUCUAUAUGGGUGCAGUACAAAACUGGGCUAGUUCCGUACUCCAAUGGAAUUUGGCAUUGGAUAGCAACGAUGGUCCAACUAAUAAUGGUUGUAAGAAUUGUCGUGGAUUACUUACCGUUGAUAUUAAUAACAAUAGUAUUAAGAAUGAUGAUGGUGAUAAUGAUGACCAUCAAGUGUUGUUCAACGUUGAAUACUAUGGAUUGGCACAUUUCAGAUCUAUUUAUUUAUUUGAUAUUGGUUCUUGCACAAGUGUCAUUGAUGUUGCGACUGAUGAAAAGACAGAGAGUAAAUUCGAAUCGGUCAUUGGUUCCAACAAUGAGAAUGAAAAUCGCUACUAUGUAGGAGAUGAAGUUCAGCCGAGAAGAGACACCCUUGAAUUGAGUUAUCCUGUUCAGAAUGGCGAUAUCACCAAUUGGCAAGCAAUGGAGACAAUCUAUAGACACUCUUUCCAAAAACUAGAAGUUGACUCCAAGAAACAACCUGUUCUCUUGGUGGAGACACCAAACAAUUCAAAUGUAAAUCGUGAGAAGAUGGCCCAAAUCAUGUUUGAGAAAUUCGAUGUUCCAUCUAUGUACAUCGCCAAUCAAGCCAUUCUCACUUUGUAUUCUGCUGGACAUCUAACUGCUGUUGUUCUCGACUCUAGCGAUGGUGUUACCAGUGCUGUCCCUGUGUUAAUGGAUAUGCAGUAG